ACGCCCCUAGGCCGGCGCGCUCGGCGGCCCGCUCGCAUUGUUCGGGAGGCUCCCGGAGCGCGCACAGCCGCUCGCAGCGCAACCGCGGCCCGGCUCGCCGCCCCGCCCGGCCCGGCCCGGCGCCCGCAGCCCAGAUUAAAGAAGCUACUUGGUCAAGAAACUGAGUCCCAGGAGAAGAAGGAGCAAGAAAAGGACAAGAGAAUCACUGCCCUGAAAGAGGAGCUGACCAAGCUCAAGUCUUUUGCUUUGAUGGUGGUGGAUGAACAACAAAGGCUUACGAACCAGCUUGCCCUUCAAAGACAGAAAAUCCAAGACCUGACCACAAGUGCAAAGGAAACACAUGGUAAACUAGCCCUUGCUGAAGCCAGAGCUCAAGAAGAAGAGCAGAAGGCAACCAGACUAGAAAAAGAACUGCAAACACAAACCACAGAGUUUCAGCAAAACCAAGACAAAAUUAUGGCGAAGCUCACCAAUGAGGACAGUCAAAAUCGCCAACUCCGGCAGAAGCUGGCAGCACUCAGCCGGCAAAUUGAUGAGCUUGAAGAGACCAACAGGUCUUUAAGAAAAGCCGAAGAAGAGCUGCAAGAUAUAAAAGACAAAAUAAACAAAGGAGAAUAUGGAAACUCUGGCAUCAUGGCUGAAGUGGAUGAGCUCCGGAAGCGCGUGCUGGACAUGGAGGGGAAAGACGAGGAGCUCAUAAAAAUGGAGGAGCAGUGCAGAGAUCUCAAUAAGAGGCUUGAGAAAGAGACAGCACAGAGUAAAGACUUCAAACUAGAGGUUGACAAACUCAGUAAAAGGAUUACGGCUCUGGAAAAAUUAGAAGAUGCUUUAGACAAAAGCAAGCAAGAAUGCUACUCUCUGAAAUGCAAUUUAGAAAAAGAAAAGAUGACCACAAAGCAACUGUCUGAAGAAGUGGAGAGCUUAAACACCAGGAUCAAGGAGCUAGAAGUCAUUGAAAGUCGGCUAGAAAAGACAGAAAUCACACUAAAGGAUGAUCUGACUAAACUGAAAACGUUAACUGUCAUGCUUGUAGAUGAACGCAAAACUAUGAGUGAAAAAUUAAAACAAACUGAAGAUAAGUUACAAACCACUGCCUCUCAGCUCCAGGCAGAGCAAAAUAAAGUGACAACGGUGACAGAGAAGUUAAUUGAGGAAACCAAGAGGGCACUCAAGUCCAAAACUGAUGCAGAAGAGAAGAUGUACAGUGUAACCAAGGAGAGAGAUGACCUCAGAAAUAAACUGAAAGCAGAGGAGGAGAAAGGACAUGAUCUCUUGUCAAAGGUUAAUAUAUUGAAAAACAGACUUCAAUCACUGGAAGCAACUGAGAAAGAUUCUGUAAAAAACAAAUUAAAUCAAGAUUCCAGUAAGUCCACAACAGCAUUACACCAGGAAAACAAUAAGAUUAAAGAGCUCUCUCAAGAAGUGGAAAAGCUGAAACUGAAGCUAAAGGAUAUGAAAGCCAUUGAGGAUGACCUCAUGAAAACAGAGGAUGAGUAUGAGACCUUAGAACGGAGGUAUGCUAAUGAGAGAGACAGGGCUCAAUUUCUGUCUCAAGAGUUGGAACAUGUUAAAAUGGAACUUGCCAAGUACAAGUUAGCAGAAAAGACAGAAUCUAGCCAUGAGCAGUGGCUUUUCAAGAGGCUCCAGGAAGAAGAAGCUAAAUCAGGUCAUUUGUCAAGAGAAGUGGAUGCAUUGAAAGAGAAAAUUCAUGAGUACAUGGCAACAGAGGACCUAAUAUGUCACCUCCAGGGAGACCACUCAGUUUUGCAAAAGAAACUAAACCAACAAGAAAACAGGAACAGAGAUUUGGGAAGAGAGAUUGAAAACCUCACUAAAGAAUUAGAAAGGUAUCGGCAUUUUAGUAAGAGCUUCCGACCUAGUCUCAAUGGAAGAAGAAUCUCUGACCCUCAAGUUUUUUCCAAAGAAGUUCAAACAGAAGCAGCAGACAAUGAACCACCAGACUACAAGAGCCUCAUUCCUCUGGAACGAGCAGUCAUCAAUGGUCAGUUAUAUGAGGAGAGUGAGGACCCAGAUGAGGACCCUAAUGAGGAAUCUGUGCUGUCCUUCAAAUGCAACCCAUCUACUUCCCUUCCUAUAAACAGGAAACUAUGGAUUCCUUGGAUGAAAUCCAAGGAGGGCCAUCCUCAGAAUGGAAAAAUACAAACUAAGUCCAAUGGCAACUUUGUGCAACCUGGAGAUCUAGUUCUAAGUCACACACCUGGGCAGCCACUUCACAUAAAGGUUACUCCAGACCACGCCCAAAAUACAGCCACUCUUGAAAUCACAAGUCCAACCACAGAGAGUCCUCACUCUUAUACCAGCACAGCGGUGAUACCAAACUGUGGCACCCCAAAGCAAAGGAUUACCAUUCUCCAAAAUGCCUCUAUAACACCAGUUAAGUCCAAAACCUCUACAGAAAGCCUUGUGAACUUAGAACAAAGCAUGCCUCCAGUUACCAUGGCAACCUUUGCCAGAGCACAGACCCCAGAAUCCUGUGGUUCUGUGACUCCAGAACGGACAAUGUCACCUAUUCAGGUUUUGGCUAUGACUGGUUCUGCUAGUUCUCCUGAGCAGGGUCGCUCCCCAGAGCCAAUAGAAAUCAGUGCCAAGCACGCAAUUUUCCGAGUCUCCCCGGACCGGCAGUCAUCAUGGCAGUUCCAACGUUCAAACAGUAACAGUUCAAGUGUGAUAACUACUGAGGAUAAUAAAAUCCACAUUCACUUAGGAAGUCCUUACAUGCAAGCUGUGGCCAGCCCCGUGAGGCCUGCCAGCCCUUCAGCACCACUGCAGGAUAACAGAACUCAAGGCUUAACUAAUGGGGCACUAAACAAAACAACCAAUAAAGUCACCAGCAGUAUUACUAUCACACCAACAGCCACACCUCUUCCUCGACAAUCACAAAUUACAGUAAGUAAUAUAUAUAACUGACCACUCUCACCCUCACCUAGUUCAUACUGAUAUUCUUGCAAGGAACUCGGUCCUCUUUUAAUCAUCCCUCCAAAUCCCCUAAAAGAAUGACUAAACUUGUACUUUGGGAAGAUUUGUGCAUGGACUGUACAAGGGUAUCUGGAACUAACUGUGUUGCCUGCAUAGAUGUAUCAAGUGUGCACUUACUGUAUAUCAUUUCAUUUACAUACCUGUAUGAAAAAUAUUUAGUCUGCACUUGUAUAUAUACAUCUUUAUGUAUUUCAUUUUCCAUAACUCACUUUAAUUUGACUGCAACUUGUCUUGGUGAAUUACUUAACAUUAUAAAGCAGUAAAUAGUUUUACUUUU